GGCGGAAGAGACUGUUCCGUUUCAAAGCGAUGGCUCUGACGUGGCCGGUGUAGGAUUCAUUGGGAGAACCAAUGGAGACGUCUCCUCGAAGCCAACAGUCCGGCGAUGGAAGCUUUUGCCGUGAGAGGAGUUCCAACCUUCCUGCACUCCUCUUCUUCUUCUUCUUCAGCCACGCGACGAUCUCGGGUUUCGUUCUCGUCUCUCCCCUCCCACUCGCGCGCGUGCUUGAGGCGCCUCCAUCCCUUCCAACAGGGAACCCUACCCUCCCGCUUCAUCUCUUACGGCAACCGGAACCAUUGCAUGGCCCUGCAAUCCGACGCCAGUUCUGUUGUGGAAGCCCCUUUGAAGGGUAAUGAGUUAUUCCUUAGAACAAUGAUCUCAGGCAUGGAGAAGGUCUACUUGAGCAGAAAUCCAACUGCUAAGGCCAUUCUGGAACUUGUUAGGAAGGAUGAUGGAGAACAUAUCUGCUAUGAUCAUUUUGCUUUCCGAACUUUUGGGGUAGAUGGGCAUGGCAUUGAUUCCAUGGCCAAAAUAUUCUUAUAUUUUGGUUAUAAGCCACGUGAAGAAUUGAGAUUUCCUGCAAAGAAGUUGAGAGCAUUGUGGUUUGCCCCUCCCAGUACUGGAUACGGUGAAAAUGGGACUGGCGUUGAUGGGGCUUUGCCAAGGAUAUUUAUAUCAGAACUUCUUGUGGAUCAGCUGAGUUAUGAAAGUCAGGAAGUAAUAAGAAAAUACAUCAAAACAUCUGAUAGUGGAUAUGAACAUGCUGCUCUUGCAAGUACCAUGGGAUGUCUGACUUGGGAGAAGCCUUUGUAUUCUGAUUAUCAAUUACUAUCUAGAGAGAGUGAAUACGCUGCAUGGACACUUGUUAAUGGUUAUGCGUUGAACCAUGUCACUAUUUCUACUCACCGGCUGAAGUCCCAUAUCAGAAAAAUCGACAGAUUUAACCAAUUUAUUCAUGCUAAUGGAUUUAAGUUGAACUCUGAAGGAGGAAUCUUGAAAGUGAGCCCUGAUGGCCUUCUACUACAAAGUUCAACUGUUGCUGAUACAACUUCCUUCAAAUUUGCUGAUGGUGUAACUGAGUAUGUCGCUUGUUCGUACAUCGAGUUUGCAGAACGCCUUUUGCUUCCCGAGUACGAAAACAUACCUGAUGAAGAGGCUCAAGAGUUCCAUAGGCGUGAUGGUUUUGAAGUAGGCAAUGCUGAUAAGAUCUUUGAAAGCACAUCAAGGGAUCAAGUAACAAGGAAAGCUGCUUGACAGAUGAAUCUGGAUAUCUAAUGAAAGCAAUGCCAUGAGUAUGGACUAUCCAGUCACCAUCCUCUGUAUCUAUACAGAUCCAGUUAAUUUACAGAUCUGAUAAAUAAGGAUAUUGUAAUUUGUAUGUAUCUAACAUAUGUCAGAUGUGAACUGUUAUUGCUGUUACCAAAAUACUUAUCGUCAUGUUCGAUGAGAUCAAUUUAUAAACAGAGGGGAUGAACUGCCUCUCGCCCAAUUAGAAACCA